AUGGAUAGGGCUCAGUUCUCGUUUUGGGUCUCCAAAUCUGUCAGAUUCUUGAAAAACAAAGCCAAAGAACAACAACAACACAACAUUAAUGCAAGCAUUCACAACAAAAGACAUCAUUUUGACGAGCUAAUGCUGUUCAACAACUCUGUUUAUUGCGCCUCGCCUAAUUUGCCGGAGGCCCAGAUGGCGGAUAACGGCGGCGACGUGUCCGGUGAGGGUAAAGAUGGGAGUUUUAGCGAAAGCGAGGGUAAAUUUGGAAAUGUUGUUGCUGGUUUGGGUGAAGAGGAGGAAGAGAGUGGAGAAAGCCGCUUGAGCUCUGAUUUUCUGGCUUCUGAGAGUAAUUUGAAUUGUGAGGUUGAAAAUAGCAGCUCUGAGGGCUCUUCAUCUUCACCCCCUUCAAUGGCGGCUUGGGCAAUGGGGAAAGAGAAAUUGCCCUUUUGUGAUAAUUCCGAGGUUUGUGAGGAGAUUGAGGAGAAACAUUUGGACAAGAGGAGAUUAGACAAGCAAAGCUCGAGUCUUUCAGAAAUUGAGAUGAUGAAAGAAAGAUUUUCGAAGUUGCUGCUCGGCGAGGACAUGUCCGGUUCAGGCAAUGGUGUUUCGACUGCUUUAGCUCUGUCGAAUGCUAUCACCAAUCUUUGUGCUACACUGUUUGGACAGAUUUGGAGGUUAGAGCCUCUGCAGCCCCAAAAGAAACUAAUGUGGCGUCGAGAGAUGGAUUUGCUAUUGUGCGUUAGUGAUCACAUUGUCGAGUUAAUUCCCUCUUGGCAAACAUUUCCCGACGGGAGCAAAUUAGAGGUCAUGACUUCAAGGCCUCGAUCGGAUUUGUAUGUAAACCUACCCGCAUUGCGAAAACUUGAUAAUAUGUUACUCGAAAUAUUGGACAGCUUCAAGAAUACGGAGUUUUGGUACGUUGACCAGGGGAUAUUAGCUCCCGAUGAUGCAGAUGGCUCGAGAUCCUUCCGGAAACUUCUUCCUCCACAUCAAGAGGAUAAAUGGUGGCUCCCCGUCCCGCGUGUCCCGCCAGGUGGCCUCACCGAAAACUCUAGAAAGAUGCUUCAGCACAAGCGUGAAUGCACAAACCAAAUCCUUAAAGCUGCAAUGGCUAUUAAUAGCUCUGUUUUAUCCGAAAUGGAUAUACCCGAUUCGUAUUUAGAAGCUCUCCCUAAGAAUGGAAAAGCGAGUUUGGGUGAUCUUAUCCACCGAUACAUAAACUCGGACCGAUUUUCGCCUGAGUGUUUGCUCGACUGUCUCGAUUUGUCCUCCGAACAUCAAGCAUUGGAAAUCGCGAACCGAGCAGAGGCUGCAAUUCACGUGUGGCGUCGGCGAACAAACUCGAGGCCUUCUUUACCGAGCAUCAAUCGGUCUAAUUCAAGGUCUUCGUGGGAAAUUGUGAAGGAUUUGGUUAGUGAUUUGGAUAAAAGAGAGUUCUUGGCUGGUCGGGCCGAGACAUUACUUCUUUGCAUCAAACAGCGUUUUCCCGGUUUGCCUCAGACCACGUUAGACACGAGCAAAAUCCAAUCGAACAAGGACGUUGGAAAAUCCUUGCUCGAGAGCUACUCGAGAGUUCUCGAGAGCCUAGCCUUCAACAUAAUGGCCCGAAUAGAUGACCUCAUUUACGUCGAUGACCUGUCCAAGCACUCGGGCCAGCUCGUCUCGAUCUCCAAAGUCGGCGUGAUACCUCACGUGGGCCCCACAGCUGGCGGCACGCCUUACAAGACAGCUUUUGGGACUCCCGAGUUUUCACCUUCGCCGUUGAUUGUCAGCCCAGCAAAGGCUUACGGGUUGUUAUCUCCGUAUAGUUCCCAAAGUGGGAAGAAGCAUUCGGUUCUUGGUUUGGGAGUGAAGCGUAUUUUGACGGAUUAUUUGAGUAGUGAUAAUGGGAAAGCAAAGGAUUUUGGAAGCUCACGUUCGGGUGGUGAGGCUCGAGUGAUAUCCACACGUUUUUCGCGCGAGUUUUCUGUGGAUUCGGAUGAGGCUAACAGUUAA